AUGCCCUCGCGUUCCUGGGCAGUCACUGCGGACGAAGGGGUGAGUGGGGGGAGGGGUGAGUGGGGAUGCAAGGGUGAGUUCAUGUGCCUAGCCGGGCAGGUGGGGGAGAUGUGGCGCGAUGGGCUCGUAGCCGAUGCUCUUGCGUUCCUGGCAGUCACUGCUGAUGAAGGGGUGAGUGGGGGAGGGAGGGAGUGGAGAGUGGGGGGAGAAGGUGGGCUGGGAGGAGAGGGUGAGUGGGGAGGAGGGGGUGAGUGGGGGGAGGUGCUGGUAGACGUGGUUUCAGCCAUGAGUGCACAGGGCGGCAGCAGCAUGGCAGGAGGCGGAGGGGCGGGUGCGCCCAGCAGCAUGGGCGGCCCAUGUGGGACAGGCGCUGCUGUGCAGUGCCUGGGAGUGGAUGGCUGUGCCGCCCUGGUGCCGAUUCUGGGCGGCUUGCUGACCAGUGCGCACGCCAGCCGCGUGCACGCUGCCCUCUUGCUGCUGCGCGCACUGCUGCGCUGCUACAGUGAUACUAUCUCUGCCGCCCGCUCUGCCGUCCACUCGCCCGGCGUGGACCUGCACAUGAGAAUGCGGCUGCAGCGCUGUGCGGAGUGUGCGGAGGCCUUCCACGCCCUCGCCCCCAGCCUGCAAGCGCUGCUGCACACCGGCCCCAAGGAGAAUCGCUCGCUUGCGACCCAAGUGCACAUGCUCACAUCCCGCCUCGCCUCAUGA